CGAUGUCUUUAUUCAUAAAGAUUUGCUUCUUUUUAAUAAUUCUAAAUAAGACUUUCUCGCUUUCUAAAUUAAAGCAAAGAGAAAGAUCGAAGGUCUUAAAAGUGGACAGUCCCAAAUAACCACAGAAACAGGGUUAUAUGUAACCAAGAAACCACCCAUGUUUGAUACCAGCGCAAUGAAUGACAUCAUAAUUGUCGGAUACUGUUUAGCAAUGUCUGCCAUCUUCAUAAUCGGAUUCUUCAUCCUCAUCAAAUCGAAUAAGCACAUGGUAAAAACUGUGGCAUCUCCCGAAGACACCAUCAGAUGGCAGAGACGAAUUAGUAAAUUGCAAGCAGAAAAGAUGAAAUCGAAAAGCAUCGUCCAUACUGAACCUCCAUCAUCUAUACAAAUACCAUUCGAUUCUAUAAAGGAACAAGAAGAUAAUGAAGAGUUACAACUGUUAAAAAUUUGCAUGAAGGACGAAGACAUAACGAGUAAGAAAGAUACGAGUAUUAAUGUAGGAAACGUUGAUCUUCAAACCAGUAUCUGUGAAGAUGUUAAUAUUAAAGGUGAAACACCUUUAAGUGUUUUAGAAGAAUCUGUUUACGAAUUUAUUGAACAACCUACAAGUAAAGAAAUUAAGAUAAGUGGAGAAGAUGAAGGCAACGAAGAAGAAUCGGAAUAUGAAAUUUUAGAAUACGAGUUUUUUGAAGGAGAAGAAGGAGAAUAUGAUGAGAUUGAUUAAAUUAAUUGUAAACGGAAUAAAUAAUUAAUCCAUUCCUUAUAAAUUAGUUAUGACAUAUAUAUUACUAAUAUGAGACUCUUUUGUUAUAAGAUAAUUUUUAUUUGUAUAUGUUACUUAUAUUACGGUUUGCGAUUGCAUAAUUAUUUAAUA